CAUAAAAAAAAUAUAAUUACAAAUGGCGUUGUAGACAGAUGUGUUCACGGCCACGAUGGGCGAUGAUUCUUUGAUAUUACGAGAAGAUGGUUAUAUUCGCAUGAACUUUCCUGUUACUUCAUUAACAUACCAUAGUAAUUUGAAUAUAAUAUUGGUGAAGACUGACGUAGGCGGUGUACACGUUUUGGAUGUGAACUCUGGUGUGAUACUACAAUCUUCAUGUCUCUCAGCGGAUGACGGUGGCACGCUCGGGGUCGAGUAUGCGGCGGGUGCGGAUCGUGUGUUCGCCUGGGACAGCAGUGGAGUGGGCGCCCGCACCGACUACAAUGGGGUGCUGCUACUGCACACCGUGCUUCAGCGCCCUUUGCCUUCCUCACAACCGGACAAAAUAAUCAGAAUAGAACUUGUCUUAUCUGAGGCGGUGCUGCUCUACCAAUGCCUGCAGAGCCUGGACGUCCUCUCUAUCGAAGGCUUGACGGACUUCAUAAACAAGCUCAAGAAUGCCAUAGACGCGGAGCCACUGCGGAAGGGCGUCAAAGCACAAAAGUGGAGUACGGUGACAAUAUGCCUGCCACAGUCCACCGUCCGCCUGGUCACAACCGGCGUAGUCCAAGAGCUUAAGGGGCAAAACCGGCGGAUUCCGGCGUUGGCCAUCGCAUCGGCCGUUGGUCAACGCGCUAACGAGCUGGUCCCGUGCUCCCGGGACGAGGACGCCAGGCCGCAGAUGUACUCGGAGGCUGAGAGGAAGGAGACGUUCAAGAGGUGGCCUCAUAUGGACUACAAAUGGGCCCUACCAGCGCGCAUGGCCCAAGCGGGCUUCUACCACCAGCCGUCCCCAAGCGGCGACGACCGCGCCAUGUGCUUCACCUGCCUCGUGUGCCUCGUGUGCUGGGAGAAGUCCGACGAGCCCUGGGUCGAGCAUGAGCGGCACUCACCCAACUGUCCCUUCGUCAGAGGAGAGUACACGCACAACGUGCCUAUAUCGGUCACAAACGCCACGGCCUGCGCGGUUCCCUGCUCAAACGUGACCGUAGUUUCCAAAGGGAACACAGGUGACCUCAUCGCCACAGGCACGACUGAAGGCAAGGUCAACAUCUGGAAGUUUGACUGCGGCCUCAAACUGGUCAAGUAUAUACACCUGUCUCCAUAUGAUUCCAUCUUCAGCGGUAUACUGGCCACGGAUUCCAAUAAAGUGUGGUCGACUUGCAUUGAGAAAGAUACUUCUACCUAUGGCAUUGAACUCACAGCAAUGGCGUUCGUCGGCAUGACGAUAAAACAGGAGACAUAUACACAAGCACAAAACAAUGAGAAUCCCGAGAAAGAGACCAACAGCAACAAAACUAAGCCCGCUCUCAUUUGCGCGGUCAUUGUGACCCGGACUACCUGCCCUUCAGACCAACCUAUCAAAGAAGAUUCCAGCAAAGCACUCUUCGACUACGGAGACAAGUCCAAAGAGAGCGUGCAAGCCAUGAACGAUCAAAACGAAGCAAAAAGCAACCUGACCCCCACAAAUAAAAUGCUCUUCCUCUUAACUUAUGACAUACACAGCUCUUUAGCUGGAUCCAUAACAACAGUUGUACAUACAUCCAACAGCAGCGGUAAUUCCAAACCGGGGGGCAGCAAGAAAGCCUGCGCUGUGGCCCGGACGGACGACGCGAAUAUUUAUGACGAGAUUUACUUCCAGUAUUCAGAUGAGGACACAGACCUCCCGCAGUGCACAAACAGUUUGAUUGAUGAACAGAUUAGUAAUGUUAUCAAUUUGAAUGCUUCGUCCAGUAAAGCAGACUGUAAGAUCUGGGAACCUAAGAAAAUAAUUUACACAAAGCAAUUCAAAGUAUUAACGCCACCACCUCCAACUGUUUUAUUACCCGAGUUACCGGAGUCUGGCCAAGGUAGCAUGUUAGACUUUGUUGGCAAAAUUUCACAAAUGAAGAGUUGGAAGAGUGCCAAUUUGUUGGACUCUGUAGGAACUAAACUAGUGGACCAGACUGAUGCUGUACUGCAACAGGCAGACCCUAUAACACAUUAUCUUAAUAUGAACGGACCUUUAGAAAUUUCCGAUCUGAAGUGGUAUGAGGGUGGGGAUGGGACAGAGAAGGUGAAAGUGACGACUUUCGGCGGCGGUAAAGUGGGUACCCAGACAGCUGUUAGUAACAGUAAUAAUGACGGCUUCGACAGCGAUCCUCCGCAAGAGGAAGUAGUCUCCCCAGGCAUAGCCAUCCAGUGUCUUAGUCUUCCAGCCAAACUUAACCUCAGAGAUGACUCUAGAGUUACUCACCUCCUGCCUACUGAAGAUAAAGAGCAUUUACUUGUAGUCAUAUCGUGUAUAGAGCCUGAGAAAAUCAAAGUAGAAGAAGAGAUGGAUCCAGACGGAGAUGUAAAGAUGGAUAUAGAUGAGAUGGUGGAGCAGCCUGAUAGAACUGACAAGUCAGAUGCAAAAGCAUACUUUUUACUGUUUAAAAUCAAUAACAAAACCUCUAUAUACACUUUGGAAGACAACCCUGUUAGUUACAAGGAGUUACCAUACAGUGAGAGUCCGGUGGACAUUUGUCUGUUACCAAUGGACAAGCACGAGCAGUAUUCGUUCGCGGCGGUCGGCGUCGACGGUAGUUUGAGACUGUACACAUUGCCAGAUUUCAAGAUGUUGUCAGAGAAGCGAGUGUCGAAGGGGCUGUUCACUUCAGUAGUGUACUGCGCGUCAGUGGAACGCCUCAGCGUGUCCACGAAGCAUGGAGUGAUUUACUUCUACGCGUUGAAUAAUGGCGAGAAAGAUUCCACCGGCGACAUCGACGAGGACGAAUUUGCUAAUAUAGAUUUUGACAUGCUACAAAAAGCACCGCGAGAGGAAGUUUGCGGGCCGACGCCUGCGCCCGUGAUCCUCGCCAAUAAAGCUGAUUUGGACAUGGGCGACCUGGAGUCGUUAAUAUCGUUGACAGGUUUCUACGGCACGAACACUACGGUGCCUUACAGCGCGGUGGUGCCUGGAUUCUGGUGCGAGUUGUCGCCUGCUCAGCGUUCGCGGUCUGACCACCAGAACAACAGAACUUGGCGACUGCAGAACACGUCUUCAACGUGGGACGAACACGUGCUGGAGCUCACGCUACCUUACAGCGUGUCACUCGCUCAUAUAGAGUUCGGCUUCACCUUGCACACUACUUGUUCCGUCAAUUUACCGAUUAUUCAAGUCACACUGCUCAAACAAAACCUUCACGGUAUUGGAUAUAAGAAAGACGCGUUUCCGAGUCACAGGUCCGAAUCUCCGCUCCAUUUUCCUGUAAUCGACGCUGACAUGUCGUCCAAUUUGGAGAAUCCUGUAAACAGCGAAGAGUACUUACAGGCGCAUAAUGCUGAAAUACUUGCCGGACCUUUAUUGCUGUCGUCCGGUCUAGAUUUAACGCAACAAUCCGGUACUUUGAUACUGACGAGUCCUAGAUUGUACAGAGCCAGAGGAAGAACUUUUCUUAUACAUAUAAAAACAUUAUUUGACCCGGCUAAAGACAUGACCAAGGGGAUAAAGACGAGCGAGAAUAGCUCUAAAAAGUCCGGAUUUAUCGGUUGCGAUUGGUUGCAUCAGAUUUCAUUGACGGUUCGGUCAAGUCCGCACACUGACGUGCCUAUGGAAAGGCAGCAACGGAUAGCGAUGUUAGAGUCCAAUACGUUUUUGAACACGCUCUUUGAGAUUGUAGUAGGAAAGGGAGAUAGUGAGCGCAAAAAAAUUGCUCUUGAUUUGCUUAUAUGGGUGAUCUCAAUUAGACUGCAAAGGAUGCGGUUAGCGAAAUCGGAGAAAGGAAAAGAUAAGGAUGGUCAAAAUCCUGUCGAGGCACAACAGCUAGAAUGCGUUAAGAUAGUAGAGAAAUUCACAGAUGCACUCAUAAAGAAUUGCAUUUUAUGCGCUAAUAGAAGUAUAGCGAAGAAGUGCGUCAAAAUUAUUCUAAUCACAAGCGAGGGCGUGAAACAACUGCCGAAACCCUGGAAGUGCACAUUCGAGACGUCUCUAGUGGAGUGCCUGACGUCGUGCAUUCCGUACCUCGGCGCGUGCGUGUCCGCUGGCGCGCUGCGCUGGCUGGCGGCGCUGGCGCAGCACGCCGUCACACGCCAGCACGCGGCCGCGCUCGUGGCGCACUGCCGGGCGCUGCUGGAGAGCGCGGCGCGGAGUCUGCGCGAGCGGGGGGAUGUCUACCAUUACUUGUUGCGGGCCAGGUUCGGCUUGUACGGACUGCCAUUAGAGCGAACAAUAUUCUCGUCAGAAGUGCCAGAAUUGGGCCGUGGUAGUUCCACUCCCGUGACUUACGCUAGCGUCCUGGCCGGAGACAGUGGUACGACCACCACGCCCACUACCAAACCGGACUACCAUCUCAAGGAUCUGCUCAAUCUACCACCGGAAACGGACUGCAAGACACCCACGUCAUCAUCAUCGUCGUCAUCGCCCGCGGCGUGGUGGGCUGCCAACAACGGCGUGGGCGUGUUCGGAGCGGGCCUGAGCGAGGCCAUGCCCCUCCACGUGACGUGCCACGUGGCCUCGGACGGCACCAAGCUGGAGUCGCACGGCAGCCGCCACCACCCCGCCGUGGUCAGCGCCAUGCCCGCGCCGCCCGUGCCCGACCAGCACCAGUUGUGGUCCGUGAUGAAAGAGGGUCACAAACAGAACUCUCAAGACCCCGACUCUCUGGAAGACGUGGAGAGCUCUUUGAUGGACUGUGAUCCCCAGGAGAAGUCUGAAUUUUCGGAAGACAAAAUCUUCAAGGAGCACGAGCAGUGCGGCAUCGCGUGGGCGGCGCUGGUGACGCGGCCGCCGCAGCACACGCUGGUGGUGGAGCGCAUGCACUCCGGGGCGCGCCGCUACAUCGUGCUGGACUUCGGGCACACAGUGCGACUCACCGAUCUGAUAAUCCCUUCGUGUUCGGACCUGGUGACGCUAUGCAUUGACAUCUGGGUUACCAGCGAAGAGACCGACAGUGUGAAGUUGGCGUUUGCGACAGAUAUAGCGAGCAAACAUCUCGUAUUGACAGACAUACAGCCGCCACCUCUCUGCCGGUAUAUGAAGAUAACAACUAUAGGCCGCUACGGCAUGUCAGCAAUGAAGUGCAAGAUCCCGCUGGGUUGGUUCUACGGCGAGAUCGCAGACAUCGCCAACGUGCAGGCCUCGGUCAACGCGCUCAACGCGCUGCAGCAGGACCUCACGUGCCGGUUCAGACUAGCAACGGGCAAACUAAUGGACCUUCUCAACCCAUACCUGGAAAUGUACAACGGCAACGCGGCCCACAUGAUGGCCUACCUGAACCUGGCCAACGACAGCGACCCCAAAGUGGUCGCCGCCUACCAGGAGUGCAUAGAAUUACAACAACAAUUGCACACAUGCAACAACAUAUUGAAGAAACUGCAGAAUAAUUCCGAGUGCGAUGAACAAGUUUUAGAUAUGAUAAACAAAGGGAAAGUCACGUCGGAAGCGCUCUUGGAACGAGCGUCGACGGAUAAGUUGAGAGUUAUUACGGAGAAUGUGGUGGAUAUGCUGUUGUAUUUCUACUUCCAAAUGGGCGAUGUGCAAUACGGCGAAGUGAGCCAGGAGUGGUGGAGCGCCGUGUGCCCGCUGCUGUGGCAGAGCGGGCCGCGCGGCGCGGCGGCGCUGGGCACGCUGGCGGCGCGCGCGGCGGGCGCGGCCGCCUGGUGGGGCGCCGCGCUCGCCGACACGCUGGCCGCCGCCUUCGCCGCUGCGGAUGCGCCGCCGCUGGCGCUCGACAGAUGUCUAGUGCUCGUGAUCUACAUGGCCCGCAAGAGCCUCUACUCGUCAUCCUCGGUGGAGAACGGGCCGGCCGCCUCGCUGGCGAACCGGACGAUGUCGCUGCUGAGCUCGUGGCGGGGUCGGGGCCGGGCGAGACCGAACUCGGCGCUGCUCGCCGCGUUGCUCACAGCGCUCGCCGCGCUGUUGGACAGCGUGUGUGUUAGACAUACCAGAUGGGACUGGGUGACCGGCGGGCGGGCCGGAAGCGGAAGUGACAGCCCCCGCGCUGAGUGUAAACUGCACCAUCACAGGAAAUACCACAAGAAGCUGCUGCAUCAGGUGCAGGAGGUGCGCGGCAAGCAGCUCAAUGAACAACAGCGCGUAAAAGCUCGCAUGGCGAUGUUCGGCAAGCGUGGCUCCACCACCAGCGGCGUCAAGUCCCCCGGCGAGACAUGUCCGCGUGCCCCCCGCGCCCCCCGCGUCAUCCCCCCCGCGCUGGGGGCGGCGCUGGCUUCGGCGUUAGUACAACACAUGCUGACUGCCGACAGCUCUACAGAUACCGACGUGAUGCUGCUCUGUGCUAAGGUGGUGGGGCGGCUGUGCGCGCUGUGCGGCGGCGCGUCGCUGCUGGAGCCGGCGGGCGUGCUGCGGCUGGCGCGGCUGGCCGUCACGCUGCCCGCCUGGCCGCGCCACGCGCUCACCACGCUGCUGCAGGACCUGAUGGAAUACGAGACUGGUGGCGUCAACACGGCCAGUAGCGAGGGCGAGUCCAGCAGUGAGGAAUCCUGGGGCAGUGGAGCCUACAGGCUUCUGGACAACAGCUGUUCUGGCAAGGCGCUCCGGAGGCAUAAGGGCGCUUCUGUCGCCGAUGUGUUAGCCGAUAGUUUUGGGCUGUCGAAGACAAUCGCGUUCAACAAGCCCAAAAACCCCAUGGGUUUCACAAAUAUUAUCAAGGACAUGGAAGAUCAGUUGACCGCAGAGUCUGACGACUCUGAAUCAGAUGAGAAAUAUCUCCAAUACUUUUUAGACGCGGUCAAGGAGACCAAGAUGAAGCCGUCCGUAGACAAUUCUACUAGCGUGGUAUCAAGCUGCACAGAUGCUCGUUUAGAAAGCGGUGCGGGCGGAGCCGGGGGCGCCGGUGGGGCGGGGGAGGCACUAGCACGUCGUGCGUUACUGGCCACCGGCGGCGCACUGGCCAUCGCCGUGCGCUCGCCGCCGCCGCCGCCCUCCCCGCCGCCCGCCGCCGGCGCCGCCCCCCGCGGCCCGCCCUCCCCGCCGGCCGGGGGCUCCUCGUCGCCGGUGACGUCACCGCCCGCCUCCAGACCGCAUCCGCCGCUCACGCACACGCUGUAUGACGUGUUUCGCCAUUUGGCGCUCGAGUUUCAUUAUCAGAUGGACUGCACGUUCAUGGAGAACGUGGUGUCGCUGUGGCUGACGCUGAACGGGUCGUCGUGGGGCUCGUCGGGCCCGUGGACGCAGGCCGCGCUGGCGCUGCCCUCCGACACGCCGCGCCUGCGGCUCGCCUCGGACACUGUCAACGCGCUGCUGCAGUCUCUAUGCACGUUAGAAAACAUAUCACUAAGAUGCUGGGUACUCUCAAUGUUAGCCCUAGCGUGGAUCGCAUCUCUACCGUUACAGACUGAAGGCAAUUCCCAGACGAUGGGCCGCGUGAUACUGGAGUGCGAACACUUCGUGCCGGCCAUGGUGAAGUUCAUCACGAUGAACGUCAACACAGACGGCUGCGUCGCCAGCUCCGAACCUUACCUCGGCGGCGUCAGCAUCGGCGCGGGCGCGGGCGCGGCGCUGGCGCUGCAGUCGGUGCUGUCCCGCGUGGUGUGCACGCGCGGGCCGGGCGGCGCGCUGGCCGCGCUGCGCGUGGUGUGCGGCGUGUGGCGCGCGGGCGCGGGCGGCGCCGUGGACCUGCAGCACACGCUGCUGCGGCUCAGCCAGCCGCUGCUGCACGUGCUGGACGGCCGCCACGCGCACCACGCGCUGGCGCUGCUCGACACUGUCGCCCACCAAUCAGCAUUAUGGGUCCGAGAGAGCAGCGCCCGUUGCUCUGAAAGCGGUUCCGACGCCCGACUGUCCGGACUGUUGGCUGACGUGCUUGCGGGAGGAGCCGGUGGGAGGCGAGCUCCCCUGCGGAGAUCCGUGCUGUCUCAGCUGCUGCACUACUGCUACCGGCUGCUGGCCGUGCCCCUCCACAACCAGCAGCAUGCCUCGAUGUCAAGUCCGAACGUGUCGACGAGCGGGGAGUCAUCGCAGUCACAGUCUCAGUCGCAAACCGACGAGAGCAAAGCGCAGAACAGCCAAUCAUCGGACACUACGAAUGUGGAAGACGAGAGGAAACAGCUGGCGGCCCGGCCGCCGUGUGUGGCCGAUACAGUCUUACAGCAUCCCCUGAUUAUGAUGAAAUUCUACAGAACGUUGUCUUUGUGCGAUGGAAUGAAUAGCCUUAUUAUAAAUUCAGGCAUGGGUAACGAACCAACAGCGGAAUACUCGUCUUUGAAGGAGGAGGUGUUCUUGUUGGUGGCGCACAUGGCCAAUGUGGCGUCCAAUCCGGCCCUCAUGGUGCCAAGUCUCAUGGAGUUCCUCAGGCGAGAGGAAGUGGUGAACCUAUCGCAAGCCAUGCAGCAGCUGAUCGUGCGCCUGCUGGACAAGCCCGAGGCGCAGGCCGCCUUCGUGGAGGCUGGCGGCCUCACCCUGGCCGUGGAGAAACUCACGGCGCAGCAUCAGUCGGGCCCGAGCGCCGGCCAAGGUCUGGUGUCCUCGCUGAUGAACUACCUGAAGCUGCCUCCGCAACUCAUCAACUUGUCCACCCCGGCCUGCAACAAGAAGAGCCAGCCCGCCAUCGAGACCAGCGGGGGGCUCAUCAACAUAGCGCCGCUGUGCACUGUGGCAUGCGCGAACCCAACCGCGCAACAAGCGGAAGUGCUGCUGGAGGGCGGCGCGGCGGGCGGCCGCGGCGCGUGCGCAGCCAGACGCAUGCGCGCCGCCGCCUGGUCCUACCACUUCUUCAGCGCAGACGACGCGUCUCUAGCACUCACCUUGACAUUGCCGUAUGCGGCCAUGUUGCAUGAGCUGCAUUUACAGCCCCACCUUACUAGUUUAGCCACGUGUCCCGGUGCGGUGGCAAUCGAAGCCGGAUGCGGCGGUACUUUGGCCCCACUCGGACCUCCACAAAAUACAGCGGGCAUGACAUCCAUCCGACUGGUGGUCACACGACCCGUCGUGUGUACCACUGUACAAGUGAGACUGUACAAACCGCGAGACUCGUCCAAUAUGGGCUUGCUACAGCUGAAGUUAUUGGCUGAGCCAGCCUUCAAUAAACAGCAACCUGGUGGACAUAAUACGAACAACUGGGCGUCCGUAGUGUCGGCGUGCAGCCGCAGCGCCCUGUUCGCGAGCCGCUGGGCGCCGCUGGCGCGCGACGGCGCGCUGGGCGCGCUGUGCGCCUGCGUGGUGGCGGGCGGCGCGGCCGGCGCGCACGCGCAGCACGCGCUGCUGGCCGCCGCGCGCGCCGCGCCCGCCGCCGCGCCCGCCUUGCUGGCCGCGUUGCUGGAUAUGGACGCGCAGGCGCAUGCUCAUGCAUUCCAACCAUCUACCGGCUUAGGCCGGGCAAACGGCAGCAUGAACGCCGUGUGCGAAGUGGUCCGGCAACUGUGCCGGGUGUCCGGCGAGCCCGCGGUGGCGCGGCGGUACCUGGAGUGGCUGUCCUCCGCCGCGGAGAGCUGGCUGCGCAGCCGCGCGCCGCCCGCCGCCGCGCUCACACACACGCUGGCCGAGGUAUUGUGGACCCUCAAAGAAGAGAAGAUACUGGACAACAUCGAGCAGCUGAUAACGGAUGACCUCUUCGAGUUGGUGUACACCUGGGUGCAAGACGUGCCUGAUACUAGUUUGUUGAAAGAAGCGCUGGAUGCAGUUUUAUGUUCGAUGUGCUACAUACGACCGGAGUUGUUUAGAAUGUUACUGGAACACAUGGAUAUACCAUUGGACAACGAUGAGAGCAUGGAAGGCCUUACGGACGACACGAAGAGUUCUCCCCUGGAAAGAUCAGCUCCAUCGGCGUGCUCGGCGUGGGCGGUGUCCGGCUGGCAGCUGCAGACGGUGGGCACGUGCGCCAUGUCGCCGGCCGCCACGCUGCAGCUGCUGCACUGCCGGCUGCCGGGCGACGCGGUGCGGGCGGUCUCAGAAUUCAGCGAAACAAAAUUAGCACAAAUCAAAGAACAGUUGGGUAGCUCUAGAGAAGAUGUUCAAAUGAUGGACGAGAAGGAAGCAAGCCAAACCAGGACUGAUCUACCGUCAAUGCGUCGAGUGUGCCAGCUGGUAGACUGGAUGCGACUACUGUGCGUGGAGAGGAGACUGAAAGACUGGCUCGGCUCGGAAGGCGCCGUGUUCUGGAAGCCGUUGCUGAGGCUGCUGUGCCAUCCCAGACCUCCGGAGAGCACGUGGCAAGAAGCCGCCCAAUACGCGCAGUUGGAAGAGAACACGAUCCGAUUGUUUGCAGAGCUGACGGUCUGCCACUCUGCCAACCAGAAACUAUUCGCGGCCACGUUGCAUCAUAUCCUAGAGACGUUGAGUUGUGUCGGUCCGGAGGGCAUAUCGGGGUUCACGCGCGCGCUGAUCCUGCGGCUGGUGCUGUCGGACGAGCGCGCGCGCGUGGCGCUGCGCUGGGCGGGCGCGGGCUGGGGCGCCGCGCCGCGCCACCCCGCCGCGCGCCACCACGCGCUGCUGCGCCUGCCGCUGCGGCUCAGCGUGCGCCAGCUGCUGCAGGACCACCGCCCGCCCAUGCCGCUUAUCGACGAUACCGCCAAACUGCCCACCGGCACGAGCGGCAACAGCUCCGGCGGGUCCGUGCUCCGCAGCGCGUCCGACCCCGCCAUCAUGACGGUGUACGACGCCUGGGAGCUCACCAUGGCCGCGGCCAGCGCCUCCAAGGACAAGAGGGUCAAAGACGUCAAGAACACGUCCCUGAAACAGCAGAACAACAAGAAGAGGCAGUCGAAGACCAACGACGCGUCUGUCAUGUCUAUCACUGAUGAACUAAUAGAGACCACGAUCCUGGUGCAAGUGGCGGGUAUCGAGGGCUUCGUGCCGGCCAGCAGUACGCUGGCUCAGCUGGCGGCCGCGUCUCCGCACGUGUUCGGCCCGCACUUGACGCUCACGCUACAUUUGAAUAUCAACGGUGCAGGACCUCGGUGGGAAGGCGGGUCCAGCUCAAACGCUCCAAGCAGCCAAAGCGCCAGCACGCCCCCCAGCCCUUGCCCCGGGCCGGCCGCCGCGUCCAGCGCCGUGCUGAAGGAGUUCGGCGCGUGCGGCGGGCUGGCGCUGGUGGCGGCCCGCCUGCCGCGCCCGCACGCGCCGCCGCCGCCCCCGCCGCAGGCCACGCAUCACCAUCACGACCUGGACUGGGUCAAACUGGACGAUCCUUAUGCCGAGGAGGUGGUAGAACUGGUGAACAGCGGCAGCGGCGGCGGCAGUUCCGGCGAGGAGAGCGGCUGCGCGGGGGUUCCUGCGCACGCGCUGGUGGCGCUCGGGCUGCUGCUGAAGCUGCCGGGGUACGCGGCCGCGCUGUUGGAGGGCGGCGGCCGCGCCGUGCAGCUGCUGCGGCUGCUGCUCGGCGUCACCCACGACGAGGAUGGCCGAAGCAUCAUAGUCGGCGGGGGUAACAGCAACAGCGUGAACGGCAACUGGUCGCUGGGCACAUUACCGUUCAGGGUGGUGUCUCAGCUGCUGGAAGCGGCACCACUGACUUCCCCCGAAGGCAGGGAGCUGCGGCAGUCUCUGCUGACGCUGGGCGCCGUGCGGCUGGUGCUGGCGUGUCUCGCCGUGUUCUCCCACCAUCAUACACCGUGCGAUAAUAGUCAAACCUCCAACGGGUCAUCGGCGAGUAAGUCCGAGGAGAAGAGCCAGCAGUACUGGGCCAAGGGCACCGGGUUCGGCACCGGCUCGACCCAGCAGUCGUGGAACGUGGAACAAGCGCUGGUGCGCCAGAGGACGGAGGAGGAACAGGUCACGGUGUUGUUACAGGUGUUAGCGUCAUAUAUGAAUCCCGGCGAGAAAUGGCCUCCCGAAGAGAGUCCACAGGAAGAGACGUCGAACAAGAGCUCUGAAGAAGAGGAGAGUGAGAGUGAAGACCACAACCUGCCGCAAGAGUUCAUUGAUCUCAUCGCGGGCAGCUCGCUGGUGCCCGCCAUCUGCUCAUAUCUCAGGAAUGAUUCAGUGUUGGACAUGUCGCGCCACAUCCCGCUGUACGUGUGCGUGCUGCGCUGCGCGCGCGCACUGCAGGCGCUGCGCUGCGCGCGGCUGCGGGCGGCGCUGCGGCCGCUGCCGCGCCUGCUGCGCCAGAUGUCGCGCACCACCAACUCCUACGCCACCAAGCUCAGAAUGAGUAAAAAGAAUAUAUUCGGUAAAAUGACGUAUAGCCAAAGAUUUAGUACUUCAAGUAAUUCAGAAUUAUCCGAAGAAGACGAAGGAUUAGCGUCGCUAAUAGCAGAUAUACAGGCGACGUCGGCGCUGAUGUGCAGCGGCAGCGGCGAGCUGGAGGCGGGCGGCGGCGCGCGGCCGCUGGGCGGCGCCGGCCGCGAGGCGCGCUACAUCGACCUCAUGCGCACCAUGCAGUUUGAGACGUUCGAGAUGCUCGCCGAGUGCCCGGAGAGCGGGUUCAAGUUCACGGUGCCGUACCACUUCGAGGGCGCCGUGCGCGCGGCCGGCGAGCGCGCGCACCCCGCGCGCAUGAAGCGGCUGGCGCAGGAGGCCGCCACGCUGGCCACCAGCCUGCCGCUCUCCUACUCCUCCUCCGUGUUCGUGCGCACCGACACCGACCGCCUCGACGUCAUGAAGGUGUUAAUAACGGGCCCGUCCGACACGCCGUACGCGAACGGCUGCUUCAUCCUGGACGUGUACUUCCCGGCGGAGUACCCGGCCGUCCCCAUGCUCAUCAACCUGGAGACCACCGGCAGGCACUCGGUGCGGUUCAACCCCAACCUGUACAACGACGGCAAGGUGUGUCUGUCUGUGCUCAACACGUGGCACGGCAGGCCCGAGGAGAAGUGGAACGCGCACACUUCUAGUUUUCUGCAGGUGCUAGUAUCGAUCCAGUCAUUAAUCCUGGUCCCGGAGCCGUACUUCAACGAGCCGGGCUACGAGCGCAGCCGGGGGACGAGGGUAGGCAGCAGCGCGUCGCUGGAGUACAACUCCAACAUCUAUCAGGCCUGCGUACGCUGGGCCAUGCUGGACCAUCUGCGCAGCCCCGAGCCUUGCUUCAGGGAGGUGAUCCAAACUCAUUUCUGGAUAAAACGCAACGAGAUAAUGCAGACGGUCGCCAACUGGAUCACGGAGCUGGAGACGCAGACCGGCGACGAGCGCACGCAGCGCACCAUUCAGCUCAACCUCAUGGCGCUCAAACGGCACUACGUGAAGCUGCAGGAGGAGCUGAGCAAGCUGCCGACGCCGGCGGGGCUGGAGGACCUGGAGCAGCCCUUCAGCGCGCCCGCGGCCGGCGCCGAGCCCGACCACGACAUGGAGAAGAUCGUCGCGCAGGUGCUCGAGUGAUCACACCCUUUACUUAGAGCUUUACUCUUCCUAAACAUUUAUUUGUAAUACGACCUUUCUUUUUAUAGUCUUUUUUAGUAGGUUUUACUUAGACUAGUGGGACCUCUGUUUAGUUUAACACGUAUUGUGAUACUAAAAUGGGCCCGCGUGGCGCCCGGUAAGCUAUUUAAGACGGUGAUAGAUGACGGGCGGACGACGUUGUAUUAUAGUAGGUGAGCUCGCGCCGAGUCGCCGACUCGAGUCGAUCGACUACUCACGUAAUCGAUGCAUCGCGGCUCGAUUGACGCGCUCGAUGUUGUGUAUAAUAAAAUAUAAUUUGGUGUACAUAAAACUAAUGUGUUUUAAUUGUUUCGGUAUUAAGAAUAUAUUUUAACGAUAACUCUGAAAGAGUGGGCGAGCGUCGUCGACGCCGCGCAGAUCUAGUAAAUUAUUAUAUUAUUUAACACGCGCUUGAUGAUUGAAAUUAUGUAUACUUAGGCCUAGCCGACACGGUUUUAAUGAUGACUGGGUUUCAUUCGCGGAUGAGCUGACAAUAAGCGCGGCCAGCACUGCGCUGUGUAUAGGGGUCACUAGGCGGAGCUCCCGCUGGUUCGCGGCCGGGAGUGACGGGCGACCUUAAUUGUUAUAUUUGACUGUGAAUUUCGGAAUGUAAAUAAAAAUUUAUGUUAUCGCAA